UACACAGAAUACAUAGUUAGUCUGUGGUUUCGUAAUGCGUCGGAGGCAAGAGGUCAAGCAAAUACUACACAAAUUAUUUGAAUAGUCCUGCUAUUUCAAAUCCGGACAGAGAUUUUCUGGUCAGUAGAGAUCGGCAUUUUCAACAACAAGGAUGGACGAAGAAUUCGUAGUGCGUUCGCCGAUCGGCAUGGAUCCGGUUGAAAUUCCAAACAUCUCUUUCCCCGAUUUCGUACUCGCCAAAGUGGAAAAAAAUCUACCAUUGUUGGGCCAGAAACCGUGGCUGAUCGACACAGCUUCUGGAAACACGGUUUACUUUUCCGAAGUUGAAUCAAAGACGAGAAAAAUUGCCAGUUUUCUAGCCCGAAAUGGCUUCAAAAAGGGUGACGUUUUGCAUUUUGUGACAUACAGGACGGCGUUUUCUUGUUUAAUCCAAUUCGCCGUCUGGAGACUGGGUGGUGUUACUAGAGGAAGUUACCAGGCCGAAAUCAUAGAGAGUUAUGAGGGCGUUUUGAAAGAAACCAAGUGCAAAUUUGUAAUGGUCGAUGAUGAGACCGGACAUCUUUUGCAAGCGGCCAUCGGUGGCCUUGACUGGAAAGUGACCCUAAUCACGAUUGGCGACAGGUUGCUCAGGGGAGCCAUAACUCUGGCAGAAAUUCUCGAAGAUGACGGCACAGCAUUUCCGAAAAGCAUUCCUAUCGAUCCAAAAGAGGACUUGAUGUGCAUUUUCAACACAAGUGGAACAACAGGAAAGCCUAAAGGCGUUUUGCACUCGCACUACUCGACCAUCGCUAUUCUGACCAGUUUCCAUGGGUUGAAGUGCAUGCCAACCAAAUCUUUUAUGGCUUCCACAUCAAAUUUCGGCGUUGUCAAUUUUGUGCACGGGUUUCUGGCGCUCUGUCAGGGUUGCACCUUUUACCACAUCGCCAAAUAUGAGCAGUCAAAUUUCUUUGAUUUGAUUUUCCACUACAAGCCAAGCAACAUUAUUUUGUAUCCGUACGUUGCAACCUGGUUUGCAAAAUGCUCAGCCGAGCUGACCGAAAUCAAAGCGAUGGACAUUUUGGAAAGCAUAUCCAUCACAGGAUGGGUCCUGGACUACGCGACCACAAAUUUGUUGGUGCAUCAACUUCCAAAAACGAUGCUUAUCACAAUGUACGGAUUGUCUGAGUGUUUCCACGUAUCCGUCGGAUCAUACAAUGAAGCAGGAAAAUUGCCGCCAAUCGAUUUUGAAGGAGGAAAGAGCGUCUCCUCAGGGAAACUUAUUCCGAUGUAUGAGGCGAAAGUCGUGGAUCCCGAGUCAAGGGACAAUUUGCCUGUGGGCGCGAAGGGCGAGAUUUUGGUGCGCAGUCCGACAAUGAUGCUGGGAUAUUUGGUGCCGGGCGGACAACCAAACAGGGCCGACAUAGACAAACAUGGGUGGCUCAAAACAGGGGACAUUGGCUACUUUGAUAAGGAUGGGAAUAUAUACAUCCAGGAGCGCAUCAAGUUCAUCUUCAAAUAUUUCAUGAGAAUGGUGUCUCCGAGCGAGAUAGAAUCUGUGCUUCAGGAGCACCCUGACGUCGUGAGCGCAGGAGUGGUUGGAGUUCCCGACCCUGAGAGCACGUGCCUUGCCAGGGCACUCGUCGUCCUCCGCCCGGGCAAGGAGCGAAACGCAAAAGAAUUGUACAAUUUUGUAGCCGACCGGUUGCCUAACUACAAGCAUUUGCACGGAGGGGUCCACUUUGUGGAGAAACUUCCGGUCAACGCUGCUGGCAAAAUGGACAGGAAGACCCUGAUGGCAAUGGCCAUUGAUAAAGAGCUUUCAGGAUUUUCCACCGAAUUUUGAAUUUCAAUCUUUAUGCAUUUAAAUUCGUGGUUUAACAGCAGGGUGACAAUGAGCUUCAAAAUAACUGAUAAAAAAAUGCAGUUUUUGUUACUCAUAAAUAGAGAUUCAAUCAUGGAUUGACCUACUUUUUUAAAAAUUAAAAAAAAAAAUGAGAAGAAAAAUUUUUCAUUGGGGAACCUUGAAUUUUGAACAAUAAUUUCAAAUCAAAUUUAACAAAAAGAAGAAGAAAAAUUAAUUUUUGGCGAUGUAAUUAAAUUAUAAAAAAAAAACAAGCGGUUUGCUUCAUUAUUUGUUGGCGGUACAGCAAUUGAAAAUAAAGGACAUAAUUAUUCAAGUUUUCAAAGUUUCACGGGAAAUGAACCGUUCGGACUAACAAUCCACAACAUUCGACUCUUCGGAUGGGCUACAGAUUUUAUUUUUGUAUUACACUGAGCAAACUUCCAAAAAUAAUAAUAGUAUUUAAUGAAUUUUAUAUUUUAUUGCAUAAGAAAAACUAGAUCAUGAAAAAUCAUAUUCAUGUGGGGAUAAAAUUUCAAAAAAAAAAAAAAAAAAAAAAAAAACUAUGUUAUAAGUUGUAAGAAUAUAAGAUUGACAUUAGUAAAAUAAAAAUUAACAUAAGAUUUUUUUUCGUCAAAAAGAUCAAAAAUAAUUUAAAAUAUUUUGAUUCAAAGGUUUGAUUAUUAUUAAAUAUUGUAAUUAAUCAUUGCAUCACUUCAAUUAUUUUGUGUCGCAAGAUAUCGUGAUAAUUAUAGAAAAUAAUAAGCACGGUGGCGUUUUACCCUUUUUCAAUUGUCUCCAAUACACAUGGGUCUGACUGAAUCAGUAAUUAAUGAAUCCACGGCAAGCAAACCUAAAAGUUUGUAAGUCAAACACGUAUGUAGAAAGGGACAAUUAUUACUAGUUGACGUCAAAGGAGUCUAUUAAAUAAACAAACUUGGAAACUACAACCGGUGUUUUUGUUUCGAC